AUGGUCUCCCAAGGAUGCUUGAGCUGCUCCAUGUGCCUGCUGAGUGUUACCCGACAGCGGAUUACCACCACCGACAUGAAGCAAAAUCCACAUCGUCAUCACAAAGCCAAGCUUGUGCUUGCGUCCUCGAUUUCAACAUUGCGCCUACAGCGCUCCACAACCAGGAAAGUAUCUUCCGGCGGCGGCACAUUCAUCGCCACGGCCAGUCUAGACGUGCGGUUACCUACUCGAUUCAAUCAUCCAUUGUCUCCGCAGGCCAAGCAAAAGACGAAAGACAUGGAUAGUGAACCAGGCUAUGGCAGUCCUAGUAGUAGGUUUGCCUGCUUUGGUAUUGAACGGCAAUUCUUGGAAAGACACAAGCGUUGUUUCCCCCUACUCACGGUCGCCGUUGAUCCGUCAAUGACCGAGGGAUGA